CCCCACUCCGCCGCCGCUGUCUGGCAGCCUCUGCGAGCGGCGCCGGUGCGGGCGGGCAGGCGAGUGCGCCCAACACCGCAUCGCCCUUCGGCUGCGCUCGGCUCCGCUCGGCUCCGCUGCAGCGCGCCGCCCUCGCCAUGUCGGUGGCCGGGCUCAAGAAGCAGUUCCACAAAGCUACCCAGAAAGUGAGUGAAAAAGUAGGAGGUGCAGAAGGAACCAAGCUAGAUGAUGACUUCAAAGAAAUGGAAAGGAAAGUGGAUGUUACCAGCAGGGCUGUUAUGGAGAUAAUGGCGAAAACGAUAGAGUAUCUUCAGCCCAAUCCAGCUUCCAGAGCUAAACUCAGCAUGAUCAACACCAUGUCCAAAAUUCGAGGCCAGGAAAAGGGACCAGGUUACCCUCAGGCUGAAGCGUUGCUGGCAGAUGCCAUGCUGAAGUUUGGCCGAGAACUUGGAGAAGAAUGCAACUUUGGACCAGCACUUGCAGAUGUGGGAGAAGCCAUGAAGGAGCUUUCUGAGGUCAAGGAUUCUUUAGACAUGGAAGUGAAACAAAACUUCAUUGACCCGCUUCAGAAUCUUCAUGACAAAGAUCUGAGAGAAAUACAGCAUCACCUAAAGAAAAUGGAGGGUCGACGCCUGGAUUUUGAUUACAAAAAGAAAAGACAGGGCAAGCUCCCCGAUGAAGAACUUCGCCAAGCUCUGGAGAAAUUUGAUGAAUCGAAAGAAAUUGCUGAGUCAAGCAUGUUCAACCUUCUGGAGAUGGAUAUUGAACAAGUGAGCCAGCUUUCUGCUCUUGUGCAAGCCCAGCUGGAGUACCACAAGCAGGCCACACAGAUCCUACAGCGAGUUACUUCUAAGCUGGAAGAUAGAAUAAAAGAGGCUUCAUCUCAGCCCAGGAGAGAAUACCAGCCCAAGCCCCGAAUGAGCCUGGAUUUCACAACUGGUGACAAUACUCAGCACAAUGGAGGAAUAUCCCAUGCCACCACACCCAAACCGUCAGGUGUUCACAUGGAUCAGCCAUGCUGCCGAGCUCUAUAUGACUUUGAACCAGAAAAUGAAGGAGAGCUGGGAUUUAAAGAGGGUGAUAUCAUUACCCUUACUAACCAGAUUGAUGAAAACUGGUAUGAGGGGAUGCUUCAUGGCCAGUCAGGUUUCUUCCCCAUCAAUUAUGUCGAUAUUCUUGUUCCAUUACCUAAUUAGGAUGGCUGAUCCACCACCUCUGACCUAGAUAGUUGUGUCAGUACCACUGCUUUCAAAAUGCUGCUUCUUACACCUUACAAGUGCAAACUGCAGUGGUUAGAGUAAUUGAUUCCCACUGAGCAUCUUUGGUUUACCUGUUGUCAUACUGCAUGGUGGUGAUGCGUGGUAUCUUCUGAGCCAGCAUAGUGUGGGUUAGUUUGUUGGCCAUGCUGGUGGUAACCAGAGCCGUUACUGAGAUGAAGAUGGGAAGAUGAUGGCAAGCAAAGCAGGUAACUCAAUGAAAUAGCAGGAAGUGAAGGUGGUAUUGGGAAGGUAAUGCCUAUCACCACUGUAUUACGUUUUAGUCUUAGUUCUCUAUAAAAAGAGGGAAAAGUUCUUGCCAUUCCGUCUUUCCCUUCCUAAUGAUACAGUUCACACAGGUCUAACAUUGACUAACCAGAAUUGUAUCUUCCAACCAAACUGGCUUGCUCUCAUAGAGACAACGUAAAUGUAGACCCUCUGGUUUCUCGGAAAGCAAACGACUGUAUUGUGUGUCUUGCUGCUCUCUGCUCACUUUUAUAUACUUAGUUAUUGUUAAAAAGGCUUAUUUCCAUCCAGAGGUAAACUGUAAACCAUAAAAUGGGGAUUGCUAUAGUAAAACCUUGGACCACAAACGACCUGAAUUUGCCCUUCAGGAACUUUGAGCAUGCUCAACAAAAUGCCAGUAAGAGGGCAAGAUGGGGAAUAAAACUGGCAUUUGUUAACUGUUUCUUGUCGAGUCUUUGCACAAAAUCAUGCUGCUUAAGCACCAGAUAUCCUUUGUAAACUCAUUCACCGAGGAAUACAAUAACCAACCAAACACAACCCUUGCUUCAUUUGUUUCUGUCUACCAUGUGUUCUUCAAACAUUAUUUGUGCAUAUUCUGCCCUCAAUGAGGACUAAAUAAAACUUACCUUUUUCUGUUGAGCAAUUAAAAGACAUGUGGCUGUAUAUGCAAAAACAUUUCCCAUAUGUUUAGUUGGUUCUCUUGUGUUCCUCCGUCCUGCACUUUGUGUGUACAGUGCUGUGCCUAGCUUCUUGGCAUUCUUUUGGUAACAGUUGCAGAAGUUCUCUUAGUUUAGUUAUCCAGAGUUCUAUUUAUCUAAAUUGUACAGACUCUUUCAGAGGUUUAAUGUGCUGCUUCGAAUGUGCCACUUCCAGUCCUGGAUGAUGUGAAAUGAAGACAAUUCCCUACUGCUUAAUGUAUAAACUAUAUCAUGGAAAGUAUUGAUAUUUCAAAUAAAUGCUGAGACAAAAACUACAAAAA